GCCUUGUCACUGAAGGUCCCACAAAGGUCAUCUCCAUGUCCAGAGGAGGGGAGAUAGUAUAUAUCCCGGAUGACUCUGACUUCAGCUCAUUCAGGGACCAGUGUGAGAAAUCUGAGGGCUGGCACUGCCAGUACAACAAAGGCAGCGUGACAGUUUGGAGUCAUGGACAGCAGGAGAGCAGGACGGUGCAGAAGAUCAAGAUGCGGAUCUCCUGCAAAGAUGUUUCUGCAGAAACGCUUUAUGAUGUGCUGCAUGACACCCACUACCGCAAAAAAUGGGACUCCAACAUGAUCGAGACCUACGACAUUGGGCGCCUGACAGUCAAUGCCGACGUGGGAUACUACUCCUGGAAAUGUCCAAGCCCCCUGAAGAACAGGGACUUUGUCACCCUGCGCUCCUGGCUGCCCCUUGGCAAUGACUACAUGAUCAUCAACUACAGUGUCAAGCAUCCGAAGUACCCACCCCGGAAGGACUUUGUGAGAGCCGUGUCCCUGCAGACAGGCUACCUGAUCAAGUCAAAUGGAGCCAACAGCUGCAUCCUCUACUACCUCACCCAGGUGGACCCCCGAGGCUCAUUACCAAAGUGGGUGGUGAACAAAGUUUCCCAGUUUGUGGCACCAAAGGCCAUGAAAAAGAUCUACAAGGCAGGGUUGAAGUACCCAGAGUGGAAACGGAAGCACAACCCCACCUUCAAGCCCUGGAUGUACCCAGAGCAAAACACACUGCCCAGCAUCAGUCUGGCUGAGCUGUCCCUGCAGCAUGCCGAUUCCCUGGAGAACAUUGACGAAAGCAACCUAUCUGAGGAGAGGAUGCACAUCAGUGAUGAUGAAGCCUGAGCAAGCCUCCUGCUGCCAUGUGCCUGCCAGCAGGACUGGAGACGGCCUUCUCCUUUCCCCCCUUUCCCUUACAUCUCUCACUGGGGUAGGACUGGGUACCCAUCACCCUGCAUCUGCAAGAGCCGAGCAAUGCUCACAGGCAUACUUGCAGUUGUGUCUUCAGUGCUCUUAGUAGAAGUGUCUUCUUCAGGAUCUGUCCCUAGUGUUCUCUUGUACAUGGAGCAGGAAAUUGUUCUAGCACCUGCUAUGCACACAGCCCUGUGCCAGGGCAGAAAGAACUGCCCUGAGCUACUGCCACAUGCACAGAGCCCUGCUUUGGAAGGGAGAGAAUUGCUCUUCCUCCCAAGCUUCCCUGCUGUUCCUGCUUUCCCCCAUCCAUACUCAAGUCCUCUGCUGAGGAGUGAAAGAACUGCCCUCACCUGUCCUGGACAUGGACUAUGUGCUGGGGAAGGGAGACUGGAUGAGCUUUGCCUGGGCAGAGGUGGCCAUGUGGAGCACCCCCAAACCAGGAGGCACAGAGGUGGCUGUGACAGCACAUCACCCCACAGAGUCCCAGGGGCUGGAGUGGUUCAGGGUAUGUCCAGGGUUUGGCAAAGCAAGGAGGAGGUACAAAUGGGGUGCUCCUAGCCUUUGGCUAUUCCUUUGCUGCCACUGGUCCUAAAGUGGCCCUGGAAAUGGAGGCACAGUAAGGGUUACUCUAACUAGCAUGGCCCAGAGUUGGGAAGACACAAACAGAAUCCCUCUAUCCAUCCCCAGGAUCUGCAGUGGUGGAGGAAUGGCUUAGCAUCCUUAUUUCCCCUAUCUGAUUCUCAGCCUCUCUCCCCAGCCAGAUGCACAACCAAGAGAGUCCCGUUCCAGGACAUGGCAGGCAUGUUCACUCAGCCUUGAUUAGCUCUCAGUUCUGAAAUGCACCUGAAGCCCAACUUCCUGGUAUCUAGCCAAUUCCAGAAGGGGUGCUGCAGUACAGCUACAGCUCUGGGGCUUUGCCAGCAGCAUGGUGGGGGUGAGGCUGGGAUUCUCUCUGAGA